GUUUGUAUUUACUUACUGAUUAAGAAAAAACCCAAAACUAUUUUUAAUGAUGAAUACCUUUGGGAUGUUGAUUGCCUUUGUUUUUGUGCUGAUUGGACUUGCAUCAGCUUUACCAAAUGACCUGGCUUUUGCCUUAGAGAAGAAGCCCGACACCACUCUGCCCCAGAACACCAUGAUGGGACAGAGCCUGAAAGAUCUCGGCAUCGAAGUGUGCCCGGACAACCUACACCUGUGCCCUGGAACAGCCGAGUGUUGCCAGAAGGGAGAUGGCAAGUGGGACUGUUGCCAGAAGACUGCAGUGCCCGUUUCAGGUGAAUGCUGCCACCAGCUGGGAUUUAUCUGGACUUGCUGCACGCCCCUCGUGCCCAAGUGCAAGUGGUGGGGAUGCUGGUGGACAUAAGCUCACAGCAUCACGGAAUUUAAGAAGAAAUCAUAUUUUAAUUGUUAAUAUUUUCUUUAUAAUGAUUUUUAGUGAGACAAGAAGGUUAAGAUUUUAUUAAUAAUUAACAACAACAAAAAAAGAAUCUGUAUAAUAAAUGUUUGAUUGAAAUGUUAAUGAAUAUAAUGAAUAUUA